AUGAAACAUUCAAACACCCAAAAAAAGAAAAGUCACUCACAACAACCAUCACGAUCAUCGUCCCUAACCUCUCAGAGCUGUACCACUAUUUCUUCUAAUACCAGUACUGCCACAGAAAAGUCUACUACCUCAAGAACAGCAGAUCCAGACGAUUCCUCAUUCGUCGUCGCUCCUCUCUCUUCAAACCACAACAUCAACAACAACGAUCCAACAUCCACGUGGAUGAUCAACAGCCCAAGCACAGCCAGUUCAUCCCACAAAUCGCAAGUAGUUGUUGAACUUUCAGGCCAUAACCCUCAUCCACAACAUAGCUCUCAUAAUAAUCAUAACAAUAAUCAUCAUCAUAAUAGUUCUUCUCAUCAUCAUUCAGCACAAGGUUCAUCAUCAAGGCUUAAUUCCACCUCCAACAACAACCGAAAAAAAUCAAAAAAUUCUCAGAGUCGUCUUGUUGUUCCUUCAGCAGCACAGACGAAUAAUCCUUCUUCAUCGGAACAAGAGAAACAACAGGAACGACCAGUGCAACAACGAAGAAAUUCUAAAACAACAAAACUUGGAGGGGGUGGCUAUCAACAACAACAACAACAUCAUUCUUCUGCAUUAAAUUCAAGCCAUAAACAAUUAUUGCGGAGAGUUCAAACAAGGAUUACAACUGAGGAUUAUUCUCAAGAUAUCAAGUACAGAGAUUUAGAAACGAAUGAACACUAUGAUUUGAAAUUAAAUAUGAAAAGGACAGUGAUUAAUAAUAUGUUGGAGAUUUCCACUGAGAUGAAUCGGAGAGCUCAAUACCUGAUGAAAUAUAUCGGAUUUGAAAUUGACAAGACGUGUUUUUAUGACACGGAAGUUAAAAAAGGUUAUGUCUUGCAUGAACAUAUCGCUGAAGUGAAACAUGAACUGUCUCAGAGUCAAGGAAAACGUGUACCAAAGGAAAUGUUUGUACAUUACCCAAAUGACCCUAGUAGGUCAGUAUCCAUGUGUGACACAGACGGAAUGUCAAAGUUGCUGGAUCACAUUUUACAUUCCUAUAUAUCCAAUUACAUGGUAUGCCCAAAGUGCAAAUCUGUUAAAACUACAAAUCCAAUCGUUGUUGAUAAUGAUCAACAACAAAACAUCUUAAACGAAUUUAAGGAGAAUUAUAACGAAGAACUAACAGAGACUCAAGAACGUCAACUUAUUGAACGAUUGGAUGAUUUUACAUUUUUCACAAUUCAGUGUAGAGAUUGUGGACACAUUGAAAAGAUUGAAAAUGCAAACACCUCUGAUCAAUUUAUUAAGCAAAUAUUUCAGUCGAGACAGAGAAAUAUGACCAAAUCUCUCAAGCAACAUCACUCCAAUGAAAACAUUUCACACCAAUCGGAGCAAGUAGAACUCGGAACGAACACCGAUUAUUACCCACCAAUGUAUGGCUAUCCACCAGAUCAACGUCCUCAUUAUUAUUACAUUCCGCCUUAUUAUCCCACUUCAAAUGUGCUUCCACAAACGACAACAGCAGAUGUGUAUCAUCAUCAAGGAAGUGGAGGAUACUAUCCACAAUUUUAUCCCAAUUAUUACCCUUAUCCUUAUUAUGUACAACCUGUAUAUGCUAUUGCUCAACAUGCUCCAUCAUAUAUUAACAGUAACAUGAGCUCUGUCAAUGGUGCAAGUUCUUCCUCUAGUCAUCAACCAAACACUUCAAGUUUUGGUGGAGGAUCAUCGUCGUUUAAUAGCUCAGGAUCGUCCUCUGGAACUAUAGAAUUUAACCCAAGUUACAAAGCUGCUGGAAUAAUUCCCUAUUCCAUACAUGAUGGAAAAGUAUACUUUUUAUUGGGAAAGGAAAAUAGAGGAGGUAAAGGCGACAUUACAGUUUCUAAUGUGUCACCACCAACAACAGAGAAAGAAAGUCCAUACAACGUUGCCAAGAAACUUCUUACAUGGUCUGAAUUCGGUGGAAAACGUGAGAAAUUCGAUCCUAGUCCUUUGCACACGGCUUCAAGAGAGUUUCUUGAAGAAACAAGAGGAUUAUUUGGAGAUGUUCUUGAAAAACUUGCUUCAUUUCAAGGAAAAUACUUUGCCAAUGGAAAGUAUUACGUGUACAUGAUCGAGUUACCAUUUAUUGAUCUUGAAGAAGACUUUGCAAACUCGACACUUGUAGACAAUGAUCAUUCCAGAACCGAAAAAGCAAGACUCUCAUGGAUUGAUGCAGACAAUUUGAUACACAGACUUUAUGUUCACUCAUCAAAGUAUUAUCAUGAAAAUGGUCUUCUUAAAGUUUCAGUGAAUGGCUCGGACCAUGAUGAAUUCUUGCAUCCGUUUGCCUUGGCUUUGUUUCGGUUUAUGAAAACAGAAGUAUUGGCUAUCAUGGAAAAAGCUAAAAUGCAAAGCAAGCAAUGA